CUUUUCCACAGACAACUUGUUUUAGUUACCAAAACUUCUCAACUACCAACAGCAUACACGAAAAAGGACCUCCACCCCCAAAUGGCGCUCCCACUUCACAUCCCACCCUGUAUUCACAAUCCCACCAGCAAAAAUCACCUCCCAGCACAGGACCACCCACUUCGAAUCCAAGUCGAAGGUCCCCUAAUCGCCAUCCAGAGAAUUCUCCCACACACCCCAUGGCAUCUGAGUCUUCAAGACCAAACAUUCCCACAACCAGCAGGCGCAGAGCUAGCACGAUUGACAUAUCGACAGAUCUACCGACGGGACGUAAAUCCAGAAGUCCCAGGCGAUCUGGUCGUGAAAGAUGAAUACAUGGGCUGGAUGCCAGAGAAGUAUCCGAACGAGCAGAUUGACUAUUACGGUGUAAUAUUUGACCAUCUUGUCCCAGCUGAUGAACCCAACCCUGAGGUGGUACAGUUUAACAUUAUUGAGAUUGAGGAUGAUAAUGGGGUUUAUGCGAAUACGUGGCUGUUGUUCGCGGUCGACCCGGUUGACUUUAUUGGAAAGAAGGUACUGGCUGUUCCUAGGUGUUGUCAGAAGAGAGAUGGGACGCAGGAUUGUUGGCGGGUGAAUACAUUGGUGGAUCAGAGGGUGAAUCGGGGCGAGCUAUUUAUUGGAGUUAAUUAA